UUCUGCUAAAUUAGAUUAUUAAAAGGAAUAUAACAUAACAAUUUUGAUUAUUUGUUCUGUAGUUAAAAAGGAAAAAACCUUCUAACUGUGCAAGUUCUGUGAACUAAAUUCUUCCAUUGUCCAAACUCUGUUAGGUUGCUGUUCUUUCUUUCUUCCUCCCCAACUAUUCCUCCUCACAAAGUGAGAUAUUAGAAAUGUUAACUUUAGUGAAGAUCACUGGUAACUUGACCUAGCAACACUUUAAUCUAUUACUUGUUAUAUGUUUGCAUUAACCUAAACUUUUUAAUCAAAUCUUCCAUCAUGCAUAACAUUUUUCUUUAAUUCUUUUGCUUCUGCUCCUAAACUGUACAUAAACUGUACAUAGUGCUGACAUGGGCGGAUGUACUCGCUGUGUAUGCAAUGUGGAUGACCAUGGUAUACUUGACUGAGGUAUGGAAGCUCAAUUUCACACAUGCUGCUGCAAUUGUCAAUUUGUUCUGGGGCAUUGUAGCAAUACUACCAGUGGGCUUGCAAUUUCUUGUGGAUGCUUUCAUGGGUAACUAUUGGAUGGUCUUGGUCUCCAGUUUCGCCUACAGUGCUGGCUUAGGUUUUUUGUCAAUGUCAACACCACCAGUUCUUGCUAGGGCAACAGGCACUUACAGCGCAUAUGAGCCGGAGUGCAUAGGCCAAGGACAAAAAAUCCUCUUUUAUACAGCAAUAGUUCUAAUAGCUGUGGGAAUGUCUGGUCACUUAACCUCGUUAGGGGCAUUCAUUGCUGAGCAGUUUAUGGACUCACAAUCAGACCUUGAAGACAGCAUGCCCUGUCACUUUUUCCUGAGCUUCUUGAUGGUGAUCCUCAUCCCUAUAGCCGGAGUUUUUGCUAUUUAUUAUAUAAAGCCUUGGUCAAUUAGGUAUGGCAUCCCAGCCAUAUGUACCUUGGUAGCAACACUUAUUUUCUUGACUGGUUCGUGUUCAUAUCACACUCAUAGAGCACAAGGCAGCCCUCUCACUACUCUGUUUAGGGUCUUUGUGGCCUCUGCCUCCAAAAUUUUCAGAAGAUGCCCGAGAGAUGCCUCUCAGCUCUACGAAAGACGUGAUGAUGGUUAUCAGAUAUCUCAUACUCCUUGCCUCAGGUGUCUAGACAAGGCUGCGAUUAUAUUAGCCACCCAACCUCUAGAGCAACAACAAAACUCUACGAAAGACGUGAUGAUGGUUAUCAGAUAUCUCAUACUCCUGGCCUCAGACAAGGCUGCGAUUAUAUUAGCCACCCAACCUCUAGAGCAACAACAAAAUAAUAGGUGGAGGCUUUGCAGAGUCACAGAAGUGGAAGAAACCAAAAGCAUCCUGUGCAUGAUUCCCAUAUGCACAAUCUUUAUCCUAAUGGGUGUUGUAUCUUCUAUUGGGAAUACCUACUUCAUCGAGCAAGCAACCCACAUGAAUCACAAAGUUGGACGCAUAAAGGUUCCUCUUCCAAUCCUUCUAUGGUUCUAUGACCAUGCCAAACAACAAUUUGCCAAAAUCUACUUCCAAAUUGGAGGACUAACGAGGUAUGGCCCCCCAAUUGGAAUUGCUGUGUCAAUGAUAUUUGCAAUUCUAUGUUGUAUCACGGCUGCAAAAGUGGAAACAAGAAGGUUAGGCGCGGUUAAUAGCCACGGUCUAAUUGACAAGCGUGAGGAAACAAUUCCCAUAAGCAUCGUUUGGUUGCUUCCACAGUUUCUUCUCCUUGGAGGCCUUGAUGGGAUUGCAGACAAUAGCAUUGGUUGGUUCUUCAUUAAUCAGGUCCCUCCAUCCAUGGCUCGGUACAUGGUUCUAUUUGCUAUUGCUGUUUUUGGAAUGGGGAUUAUGGGCAGUGUCUUCUAA